AGACUACUACAGAUACGCCAAUUCCAACCAAAUCCCACUCUGAUCGUUGUUGUAAACCCUGUUUUUAUUUUUAAUUUCUCUGUGUUUGUGUAUAUGCGUGUGCGCUGCGACCGGGCUGAUUUCGUCUCAUCGUCUCCAUACAUCGCCUUUUUUCCCCAAAGAGCGGAUGAGAAGGAUUUUGUGAAAUUACCCACUGCAGAUUAUUCUGGUGUAUAAUAUCUUUUCUGUCCGGGGUCCUGGAUUUACACAGAGGAGGAGCGGGGAGCCGAUCAUCCGUCGUUCUCUUGGCACCAGGGAGCACGCGACCCCGGAGAUGAACAAGCUUCGUCAGAGCCUGAGGAGGAAGAAAGGCACCUGCUUGCCGGAGGCCAACAGACCAUAUCAGUGGCAGGCUGACGAGGAGGCCGUACGGAAGGGCAAAUGUAACUUUCCUGUUAGGUACCUGGGCUUGGUGGAGGUGGAGGAGUCGAGGGGGAUGCACGUCUGUGAGGAGGCGGUCAACAAACUCAAAGUUAGCGGGAAGAAGACAGUCAAAGCAGUACUGUGGGUUUCAGCGGAUGGACUCAGGGUGGUGGACGACAAAACAAAGGACCUCAUCGUGGACCAGACCAUAGAGAAGGUUUCCUUCUGCGCUCCGGAUCGUAACUACGACAAGGCCUUCUCCUACAUCUGCAGAGAUGGGACCACCAGACGGUGGAUGUGUCACUGCUUCAUGGCGCUUAAAGACUCAGGGGAGAGACUGAGCCAUGCUGUUGGCUGUGCGUUUGCUGCAUGUCUGGAGAGGAAGCAGCGCAGGGAGAAAGAGUGUGGUGUGACGGCUUCCUUUGAUACAAUUCGCACUCUGUUUGUACGUGAUGGCUCCUUCCGUGCCAACUCCAGUGAUGACAAAAUGCAGGACAAGAAGAAAGACCAACCCUCUGCAGUCCCAGCCCUCCCACCUGGCACUGCAUCCCCACCUGAGGGUGCGGGAUCCCCCAUGGAGCGGUCAGCACCUGGCGGCCCACAUGCCAUCCCCCGCCGCCACGCGCCCAUCGAGCAGCUGGUACGUCAGGGCUCAUUCCGGGGAUUUCCUGCCCUCAGCCAGAAGAACUCUCCCUUUAAGAGGCAGCUGUCGCUCCGCCUCAAUGACCUGCCAUCCACGCUGCAGCGCAAGACGGAUUUCCAGACCAAGAACCCUGAGAUGGAUAUGGGGCUGCCAGGCGAAGGAGACAGUAGUAUUAAUGCCCUGUGUGGCCAGAUGAGCUCCUCCCUCACCAAACCAUCAGAUGAGCUCUUCUCCAACCCUACUUUGUCUUCAAAUGGCCCUCCUACCUGCACUGUGCCCCCCAUCCUGCCUCCACCACCUGCGCCAAUGCAAGCCACUUCCUCUUGGGUGCAGCCGGCAGAGCCUCCACUUCACUCUCCACCUCCAGUUUCUGUUGCGAUGCAGAUGCAAAUGCAGAUGCAGAGUGGACACAGGCGCACACCAUCAGAGGCUGAGAGAUGGCUAGAAGAGGUCUCCAAGGCAGUCAAGGCUCAACAGACCCCUCCUCCAGGCCCUGCAAUCCCCACAAUCCCUGGACCACCCUCCAUGUCCAAUCAGCAGAUGCCCAGUCAGGCAGCCAUAGCAGUUGCCCCAGUGUCCACUGUUCCUCUGUCCCUUGGAACCAUGUCAAAACCGCUCAUCUCUGGCCCCAGUGCUCUCCCAGUUCAGGCCCCGAUGCCCCUCCAACCCAUGUCGAUAUCAUCUGUCCCUCUCAUACCAGGCCCUCCAGUUACAGGCCCUCCUAUGUCUCUACCUUCCAUGUCAAUUCCCACAAUGUCCGGUCCAAGUAUGACUGGUGCACCUAUGAUGCAGCCCACCAUCCCCCAAGGCUCCCUUCCCAGCUCCAUGCAGCCCUUCCCCUUGGCUUUUGAUGCCACUCCAGCCCCUGUGGGAAUGUUUGCCAGCCCGCCUGUCCAACCGGCUUUCGUGCCUAUGCAGAACUACAUGCCAGGCCUGGCCAGCAGUAUGACCUAUCCUAACGCCAGCGUGCCUGUGGUUGGCAUCACUCCAUCACAAAUGGUGGCUAAUGUCUUCUGCACCGCUACAGGCUCGUCUAGUGCAGGGGGCACCAUGGGCUCUGCAGGUGGAGCGCCCAAAGUGGGGGCACUUGGAUCAGUCCCGCCACACCACUCUUACCCAGUAGCACCGAAUCCUGUUGGGGACACUGGAGGGUUUUCCACUCCGCCAUUAUCAACAUCUAUUAAUGGUCUCCCACCGCACAGUAGCAUGAUGGACCUGCAGAAUGGGACCCCCAGCAGCAGUAGCAGCUGGCCGCCAGAGGGCAGCCAGCUAACAGCCCCAGCGCCUGCAGAGUCCCAAGACGAUGAUCGCUUUGAGGCCAAGUGGGCGGCUCUGGAAGCCAAGCCAGCGCCUCAGCAGCCUGGAAAUAUGGCGCCAGCUGCAGCCGCCAACCCAUUUUCCAACAAGACUUUUGAGGUUGAGCCAGAGCUGUCCUCCCAAAGCUGUAGCUCUAGCACUGGAAUCAAAGCCUGAAGGAGCUUGGCGCUAAAUCCAGCAUCUCUGUUUAGUGACAACAGGAUGCAGGUCCUGAAGGUAGUCUAGCGUCUGACCUGUGGCAGCCUGUCAACUGACUAAAAGCCCUCACGGGAGUUGAUGCUAUUAUGAUCCUUAUUGCUUUCUUUGCAUUCUCUUGAGAGUUUUGGGGGAAGCUGGGCUGCCAUAGGAGAGUCAGGUCUCUAGAUGACUGCACUAAAUGGGCUGAAUGCUUUCACUCCACCCGCUAACCAUCUCUCUCCCCUGCUUUCACUUCUCCAAUCUGGCUUUGCUUGACCUGCUGCUGGUCCCUGGAUGUACUGUAUGUCCCCCUCCUACCCUGGGCGGGGGGGGGGGGCAGCUCAGUGGUUUCUUUCUUUGAAAAGGGACUGCAUCCAUCCAGAUGCAUUGCAAAACACAUAAGAGAUGCUUUUUUCCAAUCUGGUGGAGGAUUUCGAAGAUAACUUUGCAGACAUCACAUGCAGAGAAGCAAUUUGUUGACUGAUGAUCAGAUGGAUGCUGAUCUUUGCCAAGCACAGCAAAAGUCUGGAUACCUGAAAGGACUUGCCAAUGAUGUAAGACCCGACUAUUUGAACACAAAAGGACUUCUUGCUGACUAACAGUAGAGAUUUAUGGCCAAAAUAAUUUUAUUUAUUGCGUUUCUUUUUGUUUUAACAAGUUCCAUAUACAUGAAAAUCAAAUUUUUACAGCAGCGUUCCAAGAGUUAUAUUUAUUCUCGUUGAACCUGAAAGAGAGGAGGGAAACUGCAGGUAGCAGACAGGUAUCAGGGCAGCAGAAAAAGGAACCAAGUAGCAAGAGCUGACAGCUUUUGGCAACAGCUACAGCACGACACAGUAGUGUGUAUAUAGCAGCAGCAUGUUUCUUCCACCCGUCAGCCUCUCACAUAUAAACGCUUCACUUCUGGUGAGGCUGAUUGUGUCGGUACGGCUUCACUUUGGAUCUCUACUCCAUUUCUGCCACUUGAACUUCACUUCAAGGGUUACUUGGACAUGAGAAAUCACUUCAGGAUAUACAGCACUCAAACACUCGGGACAAUACAGCACAGGACUCCAUUUUUCUCCCACAACAUCCGAGGAAUGUUGACAACUCAGUGGAAACAAACCAAAAAAAGUUAUAUACAGCACUGUGCAACCGGUUUAAAAUGAUGCUUGACAUUCCUACACUCAUAGAUCCUUUAAUAUGUUCAAACACAGGGUAUUAUCAUCACCUACAAUAUAAUUGUGUCUUUUCUUAUUUCUCUAUCAGCUGCAGAAGUAUUUCAGUCAUUCUAGAUCAGGGCAUUGAUUAUUAGAGGUGAAAGAGAAGAGGGUCCAUGUGAUUUUUUUUGGAUGCAGAAUUUAAAGGGAUGUCAGAUCGAUGGAUGGGAAGAAAUCUAAAAGAGUUAAAGAAAACAAAAAGGGAUGAACUGUAUGUGAAAGAGUGAAGAAGAGAAAGGAGUUGUACCUUUAAAUUAGGAGAUGGAGGAAGUCUGAGGAAAGGAAAAUGAGUUAGGAUGUAAAAUAGGGAUACAAGUGAGCAGAAGGGAAAAAUGGAGGAAAAGGUUCACUAGACCAGUGGUUCUCAACUGGUGGGUUGGGACCCAAAAGUGGGUCACGGAGCAGUUUUCAGUAGGUCACGGCUAUGUGUCUGAAACAAAAAAGGUUGGCAAAAGUCCUAAAGUCCUUUUAGGACAUGUAUCGAUACCUUUUAUUUUACCGUGUUUUACCUAGAAAUUGGGUAAAUUUAAAUGUUGGAUCAAUAUUUCAACUCAUUUAUCGCGUCUUCUUGCAAUAAUUGGCUACUUUUCUCAUGAUAAUGAUGUAAUUUCACCAGUUCUCUGGAAAACUGGCAAAAAUUGACACGUAAUGAUGGGGAGAGUAUAAAAUUUGUCAGUUUUGUCCCUUUUCUUUUUUUAUGUCAGGUGUUUUGGUUCAAUCAUGCUCCAGACCGCAACAAAUUCAAUUAGCUAAAUAAGCUUUGUUGAACAUUUUUUGGAAACUUGGAUCGUGAUCCCUUGUAAGACAGACUGGUGGGUCCUGAGGCCGGACCAGUUGAGAACCACUGCACUAGACCAUAUUCCCAUGGUGGCCUGUGACAUCAGGCUGUGGAUGAGAGGCUCAAAUGCUAUAAUAUUAUACUGUUUUAUUCUAGGUUGUUUGUCAUAUAUAUCAAGGUCCUGACUGCUGAUUUUAUUUUAUUUCUUGAAGAUAGAUCCUAAAAUUUCAGAGAGAGGUCAGACCACAUUUCAUGUAAAAACAUAUAUUUAACAAAUUUAAAUUAUGCACCAUUAAAUCAAAGCUAACAUUAGCUUUUAGCUUUUUCCUAUUUUUUUGACUAAUGGCUGCAAAGAUAACAGUGUUGUGAAAGUAACAGAGGAGCUUGAAGGUAGAACUGCAUGGAUUAUGUACCGCUACAAUAGAUAAAUACAGCACGUUCUAAAUGGUCUUUAAUUUUAGACAUGUGGUGUUUGUAAUGGUUUUUAGCAGAACAUAAUGUUAGUUUGAUGUUGAGGCACCAACCUCUUUACUCCUCCCAGAUUAUUUUAUAUGCAGAAAUGAAGGAGUGUUGACAUAUUAUCUUAAACCCCUAGUCGGAGUCUGCAGGUGGAUGCUGAGGUGUUGGAUUGAAAGUUGAAGUGCAGCAGUGCUACAGUAGGACAAAGCAAUGACAGAGCAGAGGGAGAGUUCAGACGUCCUGCAGCUUAAAUCGACCGCCUAAUCUGGAGAAUGCAUGUGACAGGAGAUAGUGAGUAGGAGGUAUGUCAAAUAUGAACCAGCAGCAGCUUCCCUGCAGUGCCGUUUCUGUCAUCCUGUGACUAUCCAGUGUAAAUGUAAAUUAGAACGUGGCUGAAUGUGAAUGUUAGUGGCAGUCUGAUGGUAGAUAUCACGCCCCAGAUAUGGUUUUCUUUACACUAAAUGUGGUCUGAUCUUCAAGUGGAUUUUCAGUGUCUAUCAGGAAGGGAUUUGAAAAAACAAGCAUUUAUAUGACUAUUAACCUGAAAUUUAAAAGUAGGAAAGCUUGAGCUUUUCAUCCUGAGCGUGACAUCACAGAAACAUGGCUGCUGUGGGAGAAGUCUCUUUCUGACAAGUUUUGCAUCAUGACCCUCGACUCUAAAAGCCUCACAGACACUUCUGUUCAUGAUUUGUUAAACUAGUUUCUUAUUUCUUAACAAGAUUCUUUCUCAAUUUGUGAACUCCCAGAGAUGUUAAAGCUUAAAACAAUGUCAACAAUGCUUAUCUGUGUUUAAAGAUGCUGUUUUCGAUUGAUUUCAGAACUAUUUAAAAAAGUAGACUCAUUCUCUAAUGAAGGGCUUUUUCCAUGAUUUCUCUGCUCUUUCUGAAACUGUGAAACGAGUGGAGACUCUUCCUCUGGUUACGCUCCUUUGUAAUCGAAUUGUGUGGAUAUGGACUGCCACUGAUUAGGUUUUCUGCUCAUUAACUCCCCACAGUUUAAUUAGCUUAUUGGGUCUCUUCCUGUGGCAGUGAUCCCGUCUGACAGGCUGCCUCUCAGAGAUCUGAAAUCCAAGCAUCCUCCCAGAGAUAAGUCCUUUGUUUUCAGAAUAAUCAAUAUUUCUUCCUGACUGAACAAUACCCGUUGCUUUCUCCACCCUCCUCUCUCCAAAAGACAGAAUCACUCAUGAAAUCUCUGCUUUUAUUUUUUUAAGUAUAUUUUAGUCCUUGACUCUUGUUUGCACGCCCUCCAAAUUAUAAAUGUAGGUUAAAUGUGUUCCACGUUAAAGCAAACUUAAUGACCUCAUAAACUUGAUUGUAAAACCAUAGUUUAGUGAUGGUAACAAAGCAAACCAGUGGAAUUUAUUUUUAAUCUUUAUUUACAGAAUUUUUGUAUUUAAACCUACAUAUUUGUAUUGU